UGUGUGGCUGGUGACAUCCUAAUUCAUCCUCCAAAGCCAAUGAUUGAGCUUCCAACUGCUGGACCUUGUGGGUAGGAUUGUCGCAAUGCGUUCAUUUCCCCUCUUUACAGGGCCUAUUCGGCCGCGGUUCAACGGGACAUGGCCGCCACUGCAUCCACUGAUCAUCCUACUGCCACACACACCCCCGUCCCCUGGGCCUGCUAACAAUGCAAUUCUGCUGCCUUCCGGGGCAGGCCCGUUGCAAAUUCUUCUCCCCUCCCCCAGUAUAUCAUCGCCUGUACCCCCUAAAACCCGUGGCAUUUCAGCUCAAGAAGUCUCGAGACUUGUUCACUAGCUUCAAACACCAAUCAAUCCGCUCGGGCAAUACACCACAGGCCAGUUGGUUGCCCUGACACAGGUUCAUAUACAAUAAACAAACAAGCCUAUUGUUUUUAAAGGACUAGAGCAGGAGCCAUCGACUGCCAGCAUGGGUGUUGGCGGUGUCAUCCUCCGCUUCGCGAAUCUCGCGAUUCGCAUCCUCCAGUUCCUCGAUGCCGCAGUCAUCCUCGGCAUUUUCUCAUACUUCCUCGCCGUCCUCGCCCGCCAUGAUCAGACGAUCCCUCAAUGGAUGAAGGCCGUCGAAGGCCUAUCGGGUGCAGCGACCCUCUACGGCAUUCUCGGCAUCCUUUUCACCUGCUGUCUGGGUGGAGUCACCUUCUUUGCUGCUGUGGCCGUCCUCCUCGAUGUCUGCUUCAUCGGGGCCAUGAUCGCCAUCGCCAUCAUGACUCGCAAAGGCACCCAGAGCUGCUCCGGCAACGUCGACACGCCGCUGGGCUCCGGUGCCAGCAAUACCGACGACGCCAACACUCACGUGCGUCUUGGGUAUGCGUGCGUGCUGGAGAAGGCUUCAUUUGCUGUCGCUAUUAUUGGAAUCUUCCUAUUCCUGAUCUCCAUCCUCUUCCAAGUUCUUCUCGCCCGUCACCACAAGCGCGAGAAGCGCUUCGGCCCCUCCCCCGCCAACGGGUACACAUACGGCACCGGCACGCAACGCCGGGGCUUCUUCUGGCGUCGCAACAAGAACAACCCGGAGACCGCCAGUGCGGAUGACAUGCUCCCCACUCAUCCGGCGCCCCGCGACGUUGAGCGAGGAACCUCUCCCACCGAGAAGACCAGCGGUACGGGUGGUCUGUUUACGCGCAACAAGCACACCGCGCCGGAGGCUGCAGCUCCUCCUGGCUACGGCUAUGGCAAUUCUGCUUACUCGGCUAACUACUAGACACUGCACUAUCCUUCCAUGCAUUGUGUGGUCAAUUCCGUAUACUCUAUGACGCAAGACCCGCAAAGGAGGAGGCACUAGUUGCUUCGUGGACGAAUAUGAUGAGACAACGAAUUCUUGGGAAUGCCAUUCAAACUACGUAGUAUGGCGUCUCAUGGGGAUAAAACUCCCGGUUUGCUUCACGUUUGACUUGAGUGGAUGACUGGGAAUGACAGUAUGAAACUCAUUCUUUCAUCUUACCAACCUUGACACCGUCAAGCACAAUUUUGUAUAUCAAUCUUUCUUAGGAUUACUACCUAUCUAAUUUUUCUCUUAUAUAUGUCUUAUA